AGUCCACUUUUUAUAAUACCUUCCUCAAAGGGAUAUACACAAUGUAACAAUAAGAACGGUACGUAUAGAAAAGUCUGAAACUAUAAGAUAUUGUAUGUUAGUAGUAAGCAGUUAAUACUUUGAAACACGAUGCCUAAAAUAUAUAAAAUGCAUUAUCUUCAUAUCUUUUCAAUUAUUUUGUUGGUUUCAUACAAUAUUAAUUAACCAUGUAAAACCUUUUUAGUUUGAGAAUCUAAACUGGACAUUUUGAAAAAUAAAAUUUACAUUAUUUAUACUAGAUACUGAUAGUCUAAGUUUUAAACUUUUAAUGUUAUUAUUAAAUAAGAAAGAAUAACGUGAUCAACAGCAAUACAAACACAAAGAACGAUAAAUAUAAAGUUAUAUAGAAUUGCUGAAGUACACCGAGUAAAUGCACAUAAAGUUGGCGUCACCUUUAAGAGAGUCUCUUCAGCAAAUUACAUUUUUAAAAUGGAAGAUUUCUUAGCCAAUUACAGCAUGCGGGCUUUCAUCCCAGCAUAUCUAACUGAGAAAAUUGGCAUAAUUAAGUUUGUUCCCAAAGAAUUAUCUAAUGAAGAAAUUUAUAAAAAUAUAACUUGUGACGCUUAAGUAAUAUCAGUCAAACGCUUUAUGAAAUAAACUAAUGAGGGGCUAAUACCCUUAACAACAGUAGCAAUAACUUUUGCCACAAUUUCUUUACCUCCACAUACAUAUAUACAAUUAUUAGGUACGCUUUUUACUCUCCGAGACUGAUUAGUGUAAUGGUAACUGUCUCUCGCGGUAAAUUUGUUUAUGGUGUUUGGAAUUACUCACCCUCUCACACGCACUCAGUCAUUAUCAUUCUGCUCACCGAGAGGAUAACACUAUAGGUUAGGUAAAGUUUGUGCCAAAUAUAAGAAACAAAUUUCAGUGUUGCUUAUCUGCUUAAUAUUUACUAAGUAAUUUCAAGAAUUUGAGGUUUUGAGGCGCUGUAUGCUGAAAAACGGGUAUUAACUCAGUUCAGCAGCAGAUGCAAACUAAUUAGGAACAGUAUAUGAUAAGCUUAGAUAUAACGAAAAUCAUGUAUUUUGUUGUGGUCUAAUACAUAUUAUUAUUAUUCUGGUAUCAGAUUCACCAAUAUAUUCCUCCAGUUUUAAAGUGCUUCAAGUGCCUGGGGUACAACCACUCAGCCAAGGUUUGCAGAGGAAACCAGAUGUGCUCUUCAUGUGGAUGGACAUCACUCCUAUAAAGAUGUAGAUGAAAUUACUUGUAUCAACUGCAUCGGCAAUCAUUUGGCCAUAUCCCGAGAUUGUCCAGUGAAGAAACAGAAGAUUGAAGAGAAUAUGAAGAAAUAUUCACAGCAAUCUUAUACCACUGUGGUGAGUGCGACACCUCCCAAUAAUGAUAUGAAUAAUUACUCCCAACUUGGCUAUAAAAGUCAAAACUCUAGGGAAUUUGAUAUUAAUCAAAUUGCAAAUAAUGAAAUACUUAAUGAAUGCUGUUGUAAAAUCUUUAAUUGCUUUAGGUAACUAAAAGGAAAAAGCCCCUUUAAAUUCUAAGAAAAUCAGAGAGACAUUUUUAUCACAUUUACAUUUACUACAAUAUAAUAUACAAAGCUUACCUAACAAAAAAUCCUUAUUACAAAAUGACGAAAACAAAGAUAUCUGUUUAGUUAAUGAGACAUGGCUUAAAUCUAAUAGUAAAAUCCCACGUUUUCCAUCAUAUAAUUUCAUUCACAAGAACUCUCAAAAUUGUCAUAAUGGGGUAGGUAUGUUAAUUAAACAUGAACCGAAGUACAGUGUUAUAAAUUCAGUAUUUCAUGAAUUCAUCCAGAACAAAUGUAUUUUAUUAAAGACAAAAACUGGUCCCAUAUCUAUACUUUGUAUAUAUUGCCCACCAAGUAAUUAUAAUAAUCCAUUUGACUGUAAUAAAUUAAAAACACUCAUUAACUCCAUAUCUAACGUUAUGAUUAUAUACUAUAUCUGUUUUUGAACGCUCAUGUCAUGUAGCAAGCUUUAAAAGUGUUACUGUCAGUUUUGAUUGAUUGAAUUUGGAGGCAAAAUAAAAAAAUGGUUAAGAACUUGAUUGAGUACCAUUUUAUUUAAUUAUCAAGCUGAAAUCUCAACAAAUUGGCGACUAGGAAAGGAUGGAAGGCCACGUUCUAGUUAAUAUUAUUGAAUUUUUUAACAAAAAUACUAAGUUUUCGAGAUGGCAAUGUCGACUGGAGGGGGCAUUUCGCAUUUAUGAUAUUAAAGACGAAGAAAAACAAAAGAACUUGUUUCUUUAUUAUGUUGGCGCCGAAGCAUACGACGUUUUGUGUGAUUUAUGCUCUCCAGAAAGUCCAGACAGUAAAUCAUAUGCAACGUUGAAAAAAUUAUUGAAGGAUCAUUAUGAUCCGGCUCCAUUGGAAAUAGCCGAAUACUUUCGAUUCCACCACUGCCACCAACAGGUAGGUGAAUCUAUUAGAGACUACGUAGCAAAUUUGAGGAAAAUGGCAGCCACUUGCAACUUCGGGCAGUUCCUAAACACAGCCCUGAGAAACCAGUUUACAUGUGGUGUACGGGACAGAAGAGUUCGCGAUAGACUAUUAGAACAGAAAAAUCUGUCUUUGGACAGAGCAAUUCAAAUCGAAGUCAGCAUGGAGAAUGCUACCAAUUAAAGAGCUGUCAAUAUAACCUGACAAUUUAAAACUCAAAACAUUCAUGAUUAUUAGCAUGAUUACUUCGUAAUAAAAUAACAUUUGAAUGUAAAUAUAAGUAGGUAUGAAUACAUCAUUAAAUAGUGCACUGAAAUUGACUUGAGUUAAAUUUCAAAUGUAAGUCAUUGUGGAAUAAUAAUGCAUAUUCAAUGAAAUUAAUUUGCACUUAUUUAUUACAGUUACCAAAUGACAUGGUGAACUAUACUGAGUAUCAAAUUAUGAGACAUGCAUCACAAAUACUCAUGAAGUCAGGAUGUAUCCCUAGUAAGUUUGAUUGUCAACCAGACAGGCGGAAAAGAACUACUUCAACAGAACGGCCCUAUAUUGUGAAAAAACAAAGAAUGAUGACUGUCCAAGAAUGCUUGAAUGAAUCAGUAGUACCAGAACAGAUCCCUCAGCCCAGUUGUAGUGGAACGCAAAGUACACUUAUUGACUAUGUUUCUCGAGCCAGCACAGGUACCUUAAAGAGUAAACUAAUACACUCAUGUCUUAGGUUCUCGUUAUUAAUUAACAUAUAUUAGUUUUAUGUUUAUCUUUUACAGAUCCAAAUAUUGUAGAGGAUAUAGUAGUUACCUACAAGACAGCGGAUAAAGCAAUCCAAGUGUUAAUUACUCGCAAGUUCCACAGUAAAGCCAUUCAAGUCGGCAUAAACUCUGUAAAUAAACCAAUGUCACCAAUAAAAUCUACAACUGCAUGUGUAUCUACGUCCUCUUUUAACCCAUAAAUGCGUAUUGGGUCGUUUUCGUGCCUGUGGUAGUAACUCGUUUAUAAUGAGCCCAGCUCGUGAGUAUUUUCUCUAUUUUAUGUUUUAGCGGCAUCUAUUACUAGUUUAGAGAAUUACAUGUACGUACUAAAAUGCACCAUCGUGAAAUUUCUUCAUUUUAUUAGUGAAUUUGAAAUGCAAAAACGAACUCGAUUACUUGUCUGAAAAAAUAAUCGAAUGAACCUAUAAAAAUUUAAGUAUAUCAUAUAUUUGCUUUAUAAUUACUUGGACUAAAUUAUUUUAUAAUUAGUUCAAUAUGUGUGUUAGCGAAUAUAAUAAAGAGAUUAGUACUUAGAAUAUUUUUUAUUAUUGUAAUCGAUCGCAAUAAUUUGUUGGGUUGAAAACGACCCCUUGACCAUAUAGCAUCCAGAAAGUUAUUAAUUAUAAGGUCUUGGCGAGUGCUAACUACGAAUAAAAUAAUCGAAGUCCUGCAGGAAUUAGACUCAGAUGAACAUAUCCAGGGCAUCGAUGUUUACAUGGACCCUCCUGGAGACGGCAUGGUGUCAGAUGGAGAUUCCGGAGAAGAGGACAGGGACGAUAUAAAUAGUUUGAAUUGAAACCAAUUGCUUGCCUCUGCCGAUAUAUUAAAUUACAGCGUGAUUGUGAUGAUAACGACACAACUACUAAUGAGGUCAGCGGUACAACUUCUUCCAUUAUCGGCGACUGUGGGUCCAAUAUCAACCACAACACGUAGAUCACAGUAUCACCAUCACGAUGAAGAUUCGUUCUCAAUUAAGCCAUCUGCUACGGUUGAUAAUGAAUCUCGUACUCAAUUAAUCACCUGGAUUGUUAAGUUCACUACAACGUGAAAGUUAUUGGAACAGUUCGGUAAAACAGGGUGGACAAGUGCCCACUAAUGGAUGUCAAGUCAUGCAAAAAAAACUGCCUAGAGGCUUUUAUGACUAAAGACUGGAUAGAAAAACAGAAUUUGCGCCGUGCGAUAGAAUGGCAGUAGCGCUAUACACUCUUGUCCAAUAAAUUUGGAAUAAACCCCAUUUAAAAAGCACGCCGAUAUUCAGUGGCUGCUGGAACAGGAAAACAAAAAAUUGAUAUUGACCAACCAGAUCUCAUACAUCGAUACAAUCAAUUUAUUGGAGGCGUAGUCAGACUGGAUGCUAAUGUCGGAGUGUGCCGGGUUGCUAAGACAGGAAAAAUCCCAUAUUGAUGUGGCUAAUUGAUGUCGCUAUAAUAAUGCUUCAUUGCUUGCUAGAUCGAAGGGACAAACGUUGAUACACUGAACUUGCGUCGAUAUAUUGCAAGGACUUUACUCAAGAAAUAUGGAACUUUGCUAUCUCAUCCAGGACCGCAGAGGCAAAUGAGAACAGAAGUACCUCUUUCUUUAAAAAAGGAUGCUGCUCAGCAUAUUAUUCAGAUUGCACCCACCAGCAAAAGAUGUUCGCUGUGUACGAAUAAAACAAUCAAAAUGUGCGGCAAAUGUGGUGUAAAUCUUUAAGAAAAAUGUUUUGGGCAAUUCCAUUCGUUAUUGAAUUGAAUUGAAUUAUGUAUGUAUCAAUGUUCCUAAUUAACAUUAAGACUGAUUGAACCUAAAGACUUCACAAUAAAUAUUGAUUUUCACUAACAUAAAGUCUUGUUAUAAUUUAUUUCAACGCCAUACUAGUGUAUGACCAUAUAUUCGCAAGGGGUCGUUUACGACCCAUUAAAAAAAACCUACUUUCAGCAC